AUGGCGGCUCCGUCCCGGCCGGCGGGUGCCCUCUUCCGCAACCUCGCCCGAUCAAGUCGACGAUCAUUGGCUAUUCCAUUGCCAGCAAAUCGUAUCGUCGCAGCUACUACCACGACAUCACGUACUCCUCGAUGGCACUCUACCUCCUCCUCCUCCUCCUCCUCAGUCAACCCCGAUGAGGUAUCACACUUCAAUGCUCUCGCCGCCGACUGGUGGGACCCUCAUGGCUCCUCUCGAUUACUUCAUCUCAUGAAUCCUCUGCGCCAUGACUUCAUCCGCGAAUGUCAGCGCAACGACCCCGGUGCUCCCACUCGCGAUCUGAAAAUCCUCGACAUUGGUUGUGGUGGUGGAAUCUUUGCUGAAAGUGCUGCCCGUCUACCGACUACACGCCAUGUUACUGCCAUCGAUCCAACCCCCGAAGUCCUCGCUAUAGCACGCGCGCAUGCCCGCAAAGAUCCCGGUCUUCGCUCGAAGCUUGAGUACCGCCAGACGUCCAUCGAGAACCUACCUCUACCCGCGACACCACAAGAGGCCAACGACAUCGUAUCGCUGUUCGAGGUUAUUGAGCAUAUCGAUGCUCCAGGCGCAUUCUUGGAAAAGGUGCGCCCAUUUGUCAAGCCUGGCGGGUGGCUCGUCAUGAGCACGAUUGCGCGUACCUGGAUGAGCUGGUUCACCACCAACUUUAUGGCCGAAGAUGUUCUGGGUAUUGUUCCCAAGGGAACCCACGACUGGAACAAAUAUCUCAAUGAGGAGGAGCUAAGGACCUUCCUCGCAGGUCGAGGUUGGGGUCAUCCAAUGGUUCAGGGUGUGAUAUACGUUCCUGGACUUGGAUGGAAGCAGGUCAAUGGAAGUGAGAAGGUAGGCAACUACUUUUUCGCCGUACGUCGAUCUGAGGAGCCAUGA